AUGGAUGACUCAUCCUAUGACAUGGUCUUGACUGUAGGCCAGAAAGCUACAUUUGAGUAUCAUGGAACUAAUUACAUUCUUACCGUCAAUCGAGCGGAUGUAGAGGGUCAGAAUCAAACUAAUGGCAUCGAAAGAGGGAUGCUUUGUCAAGAUACAUAUAUUGUGUUUGAAGCAUCAAACGCAAGUGGCAUAAAGAUUGUUAACCAGCGGGAAGCUGCUAGCAGCAAUAUAUUUAAACAUAAGGAAUUUAAUCUCGAGUCGCUGAGCAUAGGAGGUCUGGCCAUCUGGGUGCGGAAUUUGCUGAUAUAUUUAGAAGAGCUUUUGCUUCUCGGGUAUUUCCUCCUCAUGUCACAAGCAGACUGGGUAUAA